UCGGCUUGAACCAGACGAGUGUGUUUAGUGCUUUAACAGAAAGCCUUACGAUAAGAUUUUGAAAAGAAAAUGGAAUACUUUGACAACGUCGCUGACUUUUACGCGGGAAAAUCAAUUUUCAUCACUGGUGGCACUGGCUUCCUUGGAAAGGUGUUAAUAGAAAAGCUAUUGUAUAGCUGUCCUAAACUAGAUAAAAUCUACCUUUUGAUACGUGGCAAGAAAAAUGAUACACCAGAAUCCAGGUUACGAAGCAUCUUCGAGCAGCCGAUAUUCAAAAGAUUGAAAGAAGAAAGGUUAGAAGAUCUAAGAAAGAUUAUACCAAUAAUCGGUGAUAUUACUGAAGAAAAUUUGGGAAUUCAAAAAAAUGACGAAAAUAUUAUAGUAGAAAAGGUGGCGAUUGUUAUUCAUGCGGCUGCUACAUUAAGAUUCGUAGAACCUUUACAAAUAGCUAUGAACGUGAACUUCGAAGGAACAAAACGUGUCCUUGAUUUGUGCAAGAAAAUAAAACAAUUAGAGACAUUUGUAUACAUAUCAACUGCGUACACUAACGUGAAUCGGCAAGUCAUAGAGGAAAUAGUUUACCCUCCACCUGCCUCAUACAAACACGUGUAUGACAUAAUAGAAAAGUACGGCGAUGAUACUGCACAGACUAAAAAGUUAUUGGGUGACCUUCCAAAUACGUAUGUGUUUACAAAAGCGUUAGCGGAGAACUAUGUCGCCGAAAAUCAUGGAAAUAUCCCAACUAUCAUAAUUAGACCGUCCAUUGUAACAGGGAGUAAGAAUGAGCCAAUUGAAGGAUGGAUAGACAAUUGGGCAGGGGCAACAGCUCUUAUUACAAUGAUCGCCCUCGGUUUCCUCAGGGUGUUGUUUGGAAAAUUCUCGAAUGUAAUUGACCUGAUUCCUGUUGAUUUCGUCUCGAAUUUAACAAUAGUAGCGGCUGCGAAAUGUAACAGAUCUAAAGAAUUGCGUGUCUACAACUGCAGCAGCAGUGGAACUAACCCUUUACCAUUGGGAAUUUUAUGUAAAACAUUCAUAAAAGAAGCCGUUCAACAUAAAAUAAAUGCCGUACCAUAUCCAACAAUAACAUUUACAAAAAGUUAUUUUAUUGCUAAAAUUAUAAUCUUUUUAACUUCGAUUCUACCGGCGUUUGUACUUGAUUGUUUUCUACAAUUAACAGGGAAGGAAGCAAGGUAUUUAAGGAAACAGAGGAAGAUAAUUAAUUUGUUUUACGUGUUGCAAUACUUCUCGAGUCAUUCAUGGUUAAUACAAUCAACGAAAACUCAAUCUCUCUACGCUUCCUUACCAAAUUCUGACAAAGAGAAAUUUCCAUGCAUCAGUUCUAGUAUAGUAUGGUCGGAAUAUCUGCCUGUUUAUUUUAACGGUAUUAAAACUUAUUUGUUAUGAAUAUUUUAAAUUAAAAAUGGGAUUUUUUGGUAUAAUUU